AUGUCACAUAAUAAUAACAAUAAUAAUAAUCACUUAUCAGUUUCAACAAAACACGUUAAAAAAAAAGCUAAACAAGACGCAUCUGAACAACAAUCAAAUCAAUAUCGUCAUUCAUAUAGACAAAUGAAUACAACAACUACAACAUUAGAACCCCGUCGUGAUUUACCAUUGCAUAAAAUUCCUGAACUCCUUGCUAAAAUAACUGGAACAUUAUCAUCUACUCUUUCAUCGUCAUCAUCAUCAGAUACAAAACAAUCAUCAUCAUCAACAUCUUCAUCUUCUAAUGCGAAUUCAAAUUCAAUUGAUCGUCGUUUACAAUUAUUUAAACAUUAUUCUGAUGAUGAACAAAUAAUGUCUGUUGAUGGUAUACUUCGUCUUUGUAAUGAUUUAUCUAUUGAACCUGAUUGUUAUGAAGUACUUUUAUUUUGUUUCGCAUGUCGUGCUAAACAAAUGUAUUCAUUAACGAAAGAUGAAUUUCUUCUUGGUCUUAAAACACUUGGAAAUCAUAUUGAUAAUUUAUUAGAUCUUCGAACAUCAUUAUUUAAUUAUGAUAUAUUACCAUAUGAAAAUGAAUUUUAUAUUUGGACAUAUCAUUAUGGUUUAAUUGAUGGACAACGUUGUGUAACAACACAAAAUGCUAUUAGUUUAUGGCGUUUAUUUUAUUCAAAAGGCAUAAAAAAACCUCAACUACUUGAACAAUGGUUAAACUAUUUAGAACAAGAUAUACAUAAUGAAAUACCAAAAACUAUAACAUGUGAUACAUGGACAAUAUUUCCACAAUUUGCUAAAUUUAUUGAAUUGAAUGGAUAUAAAGCAUAUGAUGAUAAUGAAGCAUGGCCAUGUUUAUUUGAUGGAUUUGUUGAACAUCAAUUAGAACAACAAAAAGCAAUAUCAUCAACUUCAAUUGAUUAA